AUGGAGGGGCCAGAGAAAGUAUCAGACUCGGCCGAGCCUGUUGUUGACGUGGAAAAGAAUUGUGAGAAGAGCAAUUGCGACAAGGUCAAAGUGAUGACAAACGUAGAAAGGAUGCGGCCUGGGUUCUUCGAUGGAACGGCUACCCUCACUAUAGGAGGCGAAGUGAUCCUCAUUCCCACGCCGACCGCGGAUCCCAGAGACCCUCUCAACCUUCCAGAAUGGCACAAACAGCUCAUAGUAGGCAUCGUCGUUUUGUAUGCAAUAUCUGGCCUGUGCUUGAUCACCGCACUAUCUGCACUCAUCGUGUUCAUCAUGCCUGACUAUCAACAUGAUGGAAUCACGCCGGAUCAGAUCUCAAAUCUCUUCACAUUUCCGAGCCUUUUUCUUGGUAUCGGAAACAUGGUGUCGAUGCCCAUCGCCGUCGCCAUAGGCCGUCGCCCCGUCAUCCUCGCAUCCAACGUGCUGCUCUUCUUAGCCGCUGUACUCUGCGCAACGAACCGCAAUUACUACUGGCAUCUAGGAGGGCGCAUGGUCGCAUCAUUUGCUGCGGCUCAAUGUCAGGCCUUGGCUCUGCUCAUCAUGCAGGACAUCUACUUCCUCCAUCAGCGAGCACGGGUCUUCCAAAUAUAUGCUUCUGCCGAGGUUCUCCUCAACUCCAGCCUAGUGAUCGCAUCCUCAUAUAUGGCCGAUGCGCUAGGAUGGAGAUCUUGGUACUGGCUCUUCGCAGGUCUUUCGGGCUUGGCCACGGCUCUGACCUUCUUUUUUGUCCCCGAAACCACAUAUGACCGACCCAUUGAGGCUUUCAUGGGGAGCCACCCGACUGAUAGAAGCAACGUUUUACCUGCAGUGCAGAACACCGGUCCUGAUGCCAUCAACAGAAGCCGAUCUCCCGGGCCCAAGUACGCAACAGUAGAUGAGAGGCCAACCGCAGAUUUAGAACACUUCAAAGAACGCACCUUUGCCUCAGACCUGCAGAUCUUCGUGUACAAACCCACGUGGUCUCGGUGCUGGCUCUGCUUGAAACAAAUCGGACAAGUCUUUCUUUUCCCCCACGUUCUCUGGGUUGCCAUCAAUAACGGAUUAUUCCAAGGCAUCGAUGUGUCAAUACAGAUGACAUACGCGGAAGUCCUUGUCAAGCCCCCGUAUAAUUGGGCCAACUCAUCAGUCUCCCUCAUCCAACUGGGACAAGUCCUCAUUGCAUUGCUUUGCGUGCCACUCAUAGGAUGGCUGAGCGACUACGUCAUCCGCUCCUCGGCAAGGCGUAACCAUGGUGUACAUGAGCCGGAGAAGCGACUUAUCGCCUGGAUUCUCCCCAUGGUGACGGCUAUGAUCCUGACGGUUCUGUACGGAUACGUACUCAAGGACCCAAAGAGGUAUCAUUGGAUGGCCAUCGUCUCUGUCGUUGACGGCUAUCUCAUCGUAUUGAUGGGGGUCAGUACAGUUGGGACGGCGUAUCUCAUCGAUAGUCACCCGAAUUUUGCGGGCGCCAUUCUCGUUGCACUGCCGGUGACGCGUGGGCUAGUGGGCUUUGGGCUCAGCAAACAUACAACGACGUAUAUCUCCAACAUCGGGCCUGUCAGAACUUUCGGGAUCUACGCGUCUGUUAGUGCAGCAUUUUGCUUGCUGGGAAUUGUACUGUUCUUCAAAGGAAAGAAGGUCAGAAGACUGUGUGCUCAGAUGACGCAGUGA